AUGUCUCAAAAUGAAGAAGCCCCUGCGCGCUCUGGCGGUAAAGUGACCUUCCGUAUUAUCCUCACUUCGGAGCGGAGCCAACCCUUCCGCGUCAUAAGCAUUGCGGAAGAGGCACCUCUGACAGCAGCACUACGGUUUGCUGCCGAGGAGUUCGGCAUUGCGUCAGUGGAUUCCAUGGCAGCCACAACGAAGGACGGUACGGGCAUCAACCCUGCACAGACAGCGGGAAAUGUCUUCAUGAAAUAUGGCCAGGAGAUACGCCUAAUUCCACGCGACCGUGUGGGCAGGGUUUAA